AUGGAAGCGCCCGCCCUGCCGCAGCCCCGCCCCCGCCGCCGGCUCCAGCCCAGCCCAGCUCCGCUCCGUUGCGUCCCGGACCCAACGCCUGCACGCCCUGCGCUGCCGCUGCUCCAGCUCGCUGAAGGGCUCCAGCUCUCGCGCCCCUGGCACGCGCCCCAACGCCCCGAGAUCGUUCCAGCGGCCCCGUGCGCCCCCCGCGCUGUGCUUGCCGCUCCCCAGCACCCUGUGGGUGCCCGCCCGCUCUGCACCCUGGAGCACCGGGCCGCGAGCCUCUGCCAACUUCUCUGGAUCCUCGCGGCCGUGGGCGGCGGCUGCAACACUUUUCCGCCCGAGGGAGAUGUGCAGCACAUGACGGGGCGGGACAUCGUGUUGAAACGAGAACUGGGCGAGGGAGCCUUUGGGAAGGUCUUCCUAGCAGCGCGCUACAAACUCAGCCCGACCAAGGACAAGAUGCUCGUGGCCGUGAAGGCCCUGAAGGAUCCCACCCUGGCUGCCCGGAAGGACUUCCAGAGGGAGGCUGAGCUGCUCACCAACCUGCAGCACGAGCACAUCGUCAAGUUCUAUGGCGUGUGUGGCGACGGGGACCCCCUCAUCAUGGUGUUUGAGUACAUGAAGCACGGGGACCUGCACAAGUUCCUCAGGGCCCAUGGACCAGAAGCUAUGAUCCUCAUGGACGGGCAGCCAUGCCAGGAGAAAGGCGAACUGGGGCUCUCCCAGAUGCUCCACAUCACCAGUCAGAUUGCGUCGGAGCACUUCGUGCACCGGGACCUGGCCACCAGGAACUGCUUGGUCGGAGCCUAUCUGCUGGUGAAGAUCAGAGACUUCAGCAUGUCCAGAGAGGUCUACAGCACUGAUUACUACAGGAGUCGUGUGAGGCUGGACAUUCUGAACUUCUGGGAGAGAAGCGGGUUUCUGUGUGUUCUCUGGAAUCCACCAGCUGCCUCCUUUCUGUGCAAUAGAUGCCCGAGAGCCUUCCAGAGCUCCGCUGAGUUUCUCUCUAACCCGGAGGUGUGGGUUCCUCUGACUGCAGGGGGCUGCCAUCGCUCUGCGGAAAUGAGCUGGACAUUCCUUGUGCAGGAGAGGCAGGCUCAGAAGAGAAAGGUGGCUGUGGAGAGGUGGGGAGGUGAGAGAUUCCCACCCCUCCACAGGAACACUCUGCCCCCAGUGGGAAAUGGAGCCUGCAGCCCCCCUGCUUCCCACACCUUUUGUCCCAAUUUCUCCAGGUGCCCUGGGCACAGGCUGAAGGCUUGACUGAGACAGUGAGUUGUGUGGAUUUUAGGUAGGCAGGGGCUAGAGAGGAGGCUGUUGCUUGCUUCCCUCCUCUCACGGGCUCUCCCCUCCCCCUGCUGCCACUGAGGAGGGGUGGGAGAGAGCGUUGGGGAAAGAGAGAAACUCGCCAGAGAGGUAAUAAGCCCGAAGUGCACCACGAGGUGUUUAGUCUCUAGACCUGUGGUUCUCAAACUUUCAUGUCCCUAAAAUAAUUUUGAAAACCUAUGUACACCCCUUGCACAAUUCAAGUGGCCAGCUAAAUCUUCAACAUAUUUUUAAAUAGUUGUCAAUGAUGCCAUUUCUGGAAUAUUGUAAAUUUUGACAUGACAAAAAGCCACCACUCCUUUAACGUAUCUGAUGAACUUUAAAUAACAGAGCAAUUUGAUAUGUCAUCUAUUAAACACAUGAACAAGUUCUUAAGCAGUUUUAUAGUCCUUUCCUUCUGGAAUUCAUAUUUUCAUUCCAGUUGCCCUACCAAAUUUUAUCCUUACUAUUAUAUCGUUAUGCAUGAAAGCCUUUUAUUGGCCAUUCUAUCAUAAUUUAGUGUGACACAAAUAUGUAUGAAGAUUUAAAUUUAAUUUUUAAUGUCCAAUGACUAUAAGUUUCUAGAUGCUAAGAGUUUUUGGAUUGAGAUAUCAUUAUAAUUAUUAGUAAUACACAGAAACAGGUAGUAGAUAAAAACAAUGUACAUACAUCAUAAGUUUCAAUGAAAAGGAAAGAGAAAAGGUAUGAUACAUUUUGGAAAUGCACCUCAUAUUUUUCAAUUAGUUCAUGUGUUCAUUAAUGAAUAUUAUUUAUUGUCAAAGUAGGGAAGGUUCAGGAUAAAUUUUGCUUGUUUUUUAUCUUUAUGAGUAUAAAAACUGAGAAACUUUAUUCACACUUAAAACAAAUCGAUUGGAAAGGAGGGAGCUUGUUAUUGCACUGUGGCUCAGUUCUUUGAAAUAUUAUCUAGUUAUUUGCCUGAAGUCACAUAUUAGUCUCUUAUCAAAAUUUCUUUUUAAUCUUGUCUCAGCUGAUAAUUCUUUUAGGUCUGUCCACCUUCAGAACUGGAAACUACCUGGCUUGCAAAAGGAUUCAUUUCCCAGUCAGUAGAGACAUUUAUUUUCAACACUGUACUGAUCUUUCGUAGAGUUUAUUCGUAUGUACUCUGCAGGUUCUCUCUCCUGAGAUUUAGAACUAGUGAGAGAUCUGAACAUGGCAGGUGUGUUUAUGUGUGGGUGUGUGUAUGUGUGAGCAUACACAACUGGGGAAAGGGAUUGCUGAUCUGCAACGGAUUUUCAGUUCAAUGUUAGAAAAAAUCCAUACGAGCACUGAGGAUAUGAAAAAUCCUUUAAAUUUAUCCUUGCCUGGGUGCCUGCUGGAAAGUCUCCAUGUAUCUCCAAAGUUACUGUAGACCCUGGAUUGAAACUACUGCUGUGGGCAUUGUAGUCUAUUUCUGCCUGUUACACUGAAUGAAAUUCUAGGCUCUUAUUCUUUAGGGGAAUGCAAAUCACCUGAGAUACAAGUAAAAAGUGCACUUCCUUAUUGGUAAUAACGAGAGUAGACUAACUCGAGUCCUAUCAAUAGGGGAUGAUAGGAUAAACUGGCAUCGUCAUGCAUAAUGGAGUCCUAUAAUAGCUACAAAAGGAGUGAGGGAACCCCGGUGGGAAAAUGUAAAGUAUACAACAGAUGGUGAGUUACCUUUUAUCUAAGAAAGUGAGGGAAACAAACAUAAUCUGUAUUCACUGAUGUUAAAAACAAUAGGAGAACAAACAAAAAAUGGUUGUCCCUGGGGAGGAAGAGAUAAGGAGGGAGGGAGGGAGAGAUGGAAGUAGAGUUCACAUACCUUGUUUUCUGGCUUUGACUUUGAGACUGUGUAACAGUCUUCACAUCAUUAUAAAGCUGCAUAAAAUCAAAUGGGAAAGAAAAAGCAAAGCAAUUCUUAAUAAAAAGUGAAAUGGUUUCCCUUUUGUGUGGAAUCUAAAAAAAAAUAAAACAAAUGAACAAACACAACAAAAAACAGACUCAUAAACAAAUCCAAGGUAGUGCAAUCCAAAGAUCUCCAAGUAUAUGUUUUAUUUCCAAAAUAAUUUCUUGGAAUCUUUGCCUUACUCUCAUAUGCUUCCUGUUUCAAGGCUCAGCCUUCAGAUCCUUGAUGUAUCUCAUUGAGAGCUUGGAUCAUUCACUAGUAUUUCUGGGGGCAGUGCCUAGGGAAGUUACUUUAUCUUCUGGGAAUUCAAUCACAAAGGACGGAAGGGAGGAUGAAGGGAGGGAUGUGGCUGGUCCUCAGUGUGCAUUAAUUAGGACUUUUCUUAGAUUAGUAUGGCAGCCCAUUGCUUGUCCGGCUAGGUUUUGCUCUGGGGAUGUUUGUCAAUGUAUUUUUUUUAUCAGGGAAGGAUUUGACUACCACCUUUCCCAGACUGGAUCUUUCCAAUGUGGUUUAGGUAGCCCUGGAGGAAAAUCAGUGUCGUCUAGGUGGAGCUUUCCAGAAAAUAUGGAAAACCUAGCAUGUAAAGUCACACAUAGUGAACAGAUGUUGCACUUUAUGUAUGUACUUUUGCAUUUAUGGUGCUUAGGUUUUACUGUAUAUCGUCUCAUUUUAGGCAGGGAUGUUACUUAAUUCCUAUGUUGAAGACAAAGAAGUUGACACCCAAAGAGAUUAAUGGCUUGUCAAAAGUCACAUCAGAACCCAGUGUUCUGGCUUCCAAUUGAAUGCUCUUUUUGUUGUAUCACUGACCUCUUGAAUUCUUCUGGAGGGAUGCCCAUAUGAACUUCACCAACACUGGUGGUGCUGACCCAUGAAAAUCUAGAUAAAAUUUAUCUUACUAGGGUCCCUGUGGCUAAUUAAUAAACUUCUAACACUUUUCUGCCCAAACAUUAAGCUUAUCAAACUUUAUAUCAGCACACUUGCAUUUCUUUCUCUGAAAACUUGGAGAUUUCAAUUUGGAACAUUUCUUCUGGAAUAUGUAUAAAGUCAUCAUAUGAGGCAAACACUAGCAUCAGUUUGGAGGAAUGUGUCAUCUAAAAAGAAUGUUCCAAUAUCGCCAAGGGAAAUGUUCCUCUAUCCUUGACUUUUUUUUAAAUCAAGAAGCCAAGUACAAUAAACCAUCCUAUUAGAUUCUACCACAAACAUAAUUUUUCUUUAAAAAAAUCAUCUUUUGAUAUGGAACUUACAUAAAUGAGGCCCAAUGAUCCUUCCUUUUAUUGGUUUUAAAUUUUCAAAUGCUAUACAUAACCAUGCUAAAAUGACAAAUAGCAUAGAAAUCCAUAUAGUAAAAAGUGGAAUUUUCACUUCAGUGCUCACUUUCAUUUCCCUCUCUACAGUAGACCGCUGCUUUAAUGGCUGUAUUUCUAGACUUUUCUCUAUGCAUUUACAGUUACACAUAUUGCCUUUUAACAUAUUUGCUUAUGUAUACCACUUUUUAUAUGAAUGAGAAUGCUAAUAUAUACUUUUAAUGUCUUGUGUUUUUAUUUAAUGUAUCACUUGCACAUAACUCUACUAUAUUCCUUUUAACUGCUGCACAUACAUUUAAUGAUGAACAAAUUGUCUCCCUUAAAAACAAUGAAAUAAACAUCUUCAGCCAAGUAUUUCUGCUUACAUGAGCAAGUUAUUUUUCGAAGACUCCUAGAAUUGAAAUUAGUAGGUUAAAAAGGACUAAACAUCUUUAGUGUGGGCAGAUUCUGCCAAGCCACCCUCAGAAAAGGCUGCCCCAAUUUUAGCAAUAGUAUUUGAGAAUAAACUCCUUACCUCACACCUUCUCAAGCAACAGAUAGUAUCAAUCUUUUCCAUUUUUCCUACAUAACAUUCCAAAAUGUGUCUCUUUGUUGUUUUAAUUGACAUCUCUUCACAUGUUUGUAGUUAUUUGCAGCACUUCUGUGGAUUAUCUGUUCUUACCCUUUACUCAUUUUUCUAUUGGGUUGCUUUUUAAAACUAAUUUAAAUGAAGCACUUUAUAAUAUAUGGAUUUUAAUUCUUUGUUACCUAUAGUGCAAAUGUUUUCUCUGCCAUUUGUCUUAACUAUGCUUAUUUUGUAUUUUGCCAUGCAAAAGUUCUUAGUUUAUACAAGUUGUAUCUCUAAAUCCUAUCCUUUAUGGCUUCAUGAACAUGUGUCUUGUUUAGGAAGGACUUCCUCUCCUGAGGUUAUACAAAUACUUUUCUAAAUUUUCUUCUAAUAUUAUUAUUGUUUUCUUUUUAUCUUUAGCUCUUUAAUCUAUCUGGAAAUGAUUUUUGUAUAUGGUGUGACGUAGGUAUCUAAGUGUACUCUUUAAAUGAAUAGUUCAUUGUCCCAACACUUUGAUUACUAACCCAUAAUUUCAUAUAUUAAAUUCCAAUAUUUAUACAUGAGUCUGCUUUUGGACUUUAUUUAUACCAUUGAUCAAUGAAAUUUGUCUAUUCCUAUGCCAAUAACACAGUGUGUUCGUUACUGUAGUUUCACAAUAUGUUUUGCAAUUUGAUGGAGCAAAUCACUCUUGUUCUAUUUCAAGUAUAUCUUAGUUUUUAUCAACUAUUUACUCCUUUAGAUGAAUUUUGGUAUCAUAUCAAUUUCCAUACAUCAUUCCAUUGGGGCUUUCAUUUAGAUUGUGUCAAAUUUUUAGAUUAAUUUGAGGGAGGAAUGAGAGAUGUAUGAUAUUGAAUUGGCUUAUUCAAGGAAAUAACAUGUUUUCAUGUAUUCAGAUCUUAUGUUUUUCAAUACUUUCCUUUAAACAGACCCAGUACAUUUUAUGUUAAGGUUAAUGCCGAGGAAUUUUAUACAUUUUUGUUACUAUUAUACAAACAAUCUCAUUUUUCAUUGAAUUUGUUGCUACUUAUAUAUGGGAAUAGUUAAAUUUUUGUAGGUUCAUUUUGUAUCUGGGUAGUCGACUAAAUCAUAUAAUGGGGUCCUAAUUGCUUUAUAGUUACAUGUUUUGAAUAGUCAUCACACGCAAUCAAUGGCAGUUUUGGCUCUUCAUUUUCAUUAUUUCUAUUUUACUUUUAUUCUUUCAUUAUUGCAUUGGCUAGGACACCUGAAGAAUAUUGUAUAAAAUCAGUGAUAGAAGAUUGCUUCUAUCCAUCAUAUGUUUUGUUAGUAAGUAUGAUAUUUAGUGUGUUAAAUUAAGGAAGUUACCUUCUAUUACUAAUGAAUUAGGGCUUUUAAUUAGGAAGAGGGGUUGGAAAUUUUUGACAUGUUUUGAAAGGAUGUUUUUUCUUCUAUCUCUUAAUCAGUAAAUAAAACAGUAGAUUUCGUAAAGCUGAGGCAUUCUUGUAUUACUCUUAUAAAAUGUAUUGAGUUAUAAUAUGGAAUUCUUGUGAUAUAUCAUUAAUUCAAUAUGCUAAUAUUUGAUUCAUAUUUGGAGACAAUGUUCCUAACAGUUUUACACAUAGAUAGAUAAAAUACCUUUAUCUCUAUUCAUAUGUUUAAGGCUAUAUGCUAAGUUUGACUGAUUUUAUCAUCAAGGACCUUCAAACCACAGAGAGUUUCUUAGGAAAGUUGCUGGUUUUUGGUUUUUGUUUUGCUUUGGAAAAGUAUACAGAAGAUAGAAAAUUUUAGUAGAACCUACCCAUGAAACCUUAUGGACCUUGUACUUUUUUAAUGUAUAGAUUUUUUACUAGGAGUGUAAUUGUUUUGUGUUCAAAUUUUCUACUUAACUUCUUCCAUUAAUAUUUUCUAAUAAAUCAGUUACAACACUACAUUUACAAAUUUGUUGUUGUAAUAUUUUUAGCAUUUUACAUUUGUUUCCUGUAUGUCUCUUAUUAACUUUGCCAAACAUUUAUAUUACUUUGAAAGAACUAGUAACUGGUUACAUAGAUACAGUCUGCUUUUUAUUUCUUCCUUUUGGUUGCUUGUUUUACUUGGCUUUGUUUUACAUCGCUUCCUCAUUUUAUCUUUAUUGUUUAUUUCUUCUUGAUUUCUAUAAAUUUGUCCUGUUGGUCAUUUAGCUUUUUUGUUGAAUCCUUAAUUUAAUUCUAUUUUUACCUAUUUUUAAAGUAAGUGCUCAAAUGCUGUAAUUCCCCCAAAUUACUUAUCUAUAGUCCAUAGAUUUCCAUGAAUAAGACUUUAAUUAUUAUUGUAAUAAAUAGCUCUACAUUUUAUUUCAAUUAUUUUCUUUACCAAAUAAUUUUUUAAUUGCCCAAAGAAAACCUUUUAAAAAUUAUCCUUUUGUUGUUCAUUUCUAUUAUACUUUAUUUGGUACAGAAAAGUUUCUUAUUUUUAUCUUUACUUUGUUUUUCUCUUAGAACUUCAGAUUUCCUUUGAGGUAUAAUAUAUUAUUGGUUUUUAUAAAUAUUUUUAGAUGUUGAAAAUAAUGUGUAGCUCUUUAGGGAGGCCAAAAGACACAUCACAACACUCAUAUCCAUCAAUUAAAACUCAUUUUAUUUUUAAAAUGGAUAUUCAUUUUUGUUGUCUUCUUUAUCUGUCAAUUUGUAAAAGAAUUAUAGCUUUGUCAGUUCCCUUUUAUUUAU